AUGCACCUGGGCAGGCGGAACAAGCCGCGUCGCGCUAGUGCCGGACAGCUUAGUAACCGCCUCCGCGCCCCCGUCACUCUUCCCGCCCAGGCGUCACCUACGCCAGACCACCAGCUCGUCGCAAACACCAGCACCAUGGCCACCGACAACACCAAGUACUAUGAGCUCUACCGCCGAAGCAGUCUGGGCGGCUCCCUUACAGACACGCUCGACAACCUCAUUACCGAGCGCCGCAUAGAGCCCCAGCUCGCCAUGAAGAUCCUCUUGAACUUCGACAAGGCCGUCGCCGAUGUGCUCUCGGAGAAGGUCAAGUCGCGCUUGACAUUCAAGGGACAUCUCGACACCUACCGCUUCUGCGACGACGUAUGGACCUUCAUCAUCAAGGACAUCAACUUCAAGCUGGACAACACGCACCAAGUCCACGCCGACCGUGUCAAGAUUGUUAGUUGCAAUGCGAAGCGUCCUGGCGAGGCAUAG